UUCUAUACAACAGCGGUGGCAACUCUACCAAGUCCUGAAGCACCGUACUGACCUUGGUUCACCGGGUUCUACGCCUGUCUGUUAUAAGUUUUUGGGACGUUGGUAGGCCUGACAAACCAUGGGGGCCCAUGACGGCGAAGAAGGUGGCCAUGCAGCCCCCAAGAGUAGCUCAAUAACUGAUUUAAAGUUUCAGAACAUUGCCCUCGGUGUAUUUAGGAUCAUCGAUGGACCAGUGACUUAUUUCAGAGAAAAAAUUGUUGAACCUCUUCAGUCCAAGAGUACUGAAAAAUUCUAUCACCGUAGAUUCAACAGAGUUCCCACGGUUGAUCAGUGUGAUUUGGAAGACCCUGUGUGUAUAUACGAAGCAGACCAGCAAUAUUACCGAGACAAACAAGUUGACAGCAAUAUUGUGAAAUUUUUGAGGCAGAGGAAGAUGGAGUGCAUUGCAUGGGAAGGACCCGACCACCGUUACAAGUGCAGAAAGAUUACUGAGGACUAUGAGCAGGCUGCUACAAACUGGUUCAUAAAAUAUGGAGACAUCAGGACUCACCGCGGCUCCAUUGAAGCUUUCAUGAAACAAAAACAUCGCCUUAUCUGGGAAAGAAGAAACCCAGACAAGCAACUUCAUUGAUAGCUCAAUGGUUGUAGUGUGUUUCCCUUUCGUGUGAUAAUGAAACUGUUUUGUUUUUACUUAGUAUGUCAAAUGUGCCAGCUGUAGGAAAUACAGUAGGGUAUUCUGUUUCGAUGUCAAUAAAGACAGUUGUGUGAAGGAUGAAUAUAUGUAGUUGUUAUGUUUGUUAUAGUUAUAGAGUCCAAAGUUUUUGGUCAUUUAGGAACUUAUGCAUUACAGUAGAUUUUAUUUAAAACAAAAUUCCUGUCUCCUCAAAAGGAUUUCAAAAGCCUGGUUCCCCCACGCCCCCUCAUCUUUAUUCUGUGCAUUGCAUGAUCCCCUUUUGAAGUUUGUGUAAUCAGGGUUUUAUUGUGUUAGAUUGAUUUUUAAAAAGAUACUAAUUGUUGAUGCUGUAUUUAACUUUGCACUCAGUAUCAGUCACUGAUUGUGUGACAGAGUUCAAGAGUUUGAUCCCUGGAAAAAAGUCAGAAUCGGUAUUCUUCCAACUAACAAAAUUACUUUCGAAAAAGAGGCCUCAAGCUCAAUGUUGUGAAAGUUUACCCUUGGGGAUUGUUUGACUGCAGGCAUUGGUGGUGGUUAAAUGGUCAGAUUUUCUCUUUGUGUUUAAAAGACACGAGUUUUAUUCCCAAAUAGGGGAAAUGUCUUAUAUUGAGUUUGAGUGUCUCCAUCUUUCCGCUGGGGCAUAUUUUACCUCGGCUCCAGUUAAUUGUGACUGUAUUGAUGGGGACAUAAAACAUUUACAAUCAAAGCCUCUCCCCACCAAGUCCUGAUGCAAAAGAUUCUGAUUGCUUCCUACUGUUUUCACAGAUAAUAUGUAUUGCUUUGCAUAGCCUCGUCGUGCGACAGAAAUAUCAUACUAUUAACAGUUGGUUUAACUGGGGACACAGUGGGUGGUAUUUGCGUUGAUUGUUUGUUUCGUAAACCUUUUUUUUUCCUUGGCAAACAUCUCUGGCAGGAGCUUAUUUGUAAGAAUGUUGUUCGCAAACUAGGAAACAGAUUACAGAAUAAAAGCUCUCGGAAUGUUUUACUGUAUCUGAACAUU